UCCGCUCGGAGAUUGGUGAAGCUGCUGGGGAUGGCCCGGGCCAAAAGGCUAAGCCGGCGAUUGGGAGCAGAGAUGGCGCCUGCAGCUUGGCUGGUUCGCGCCCGCCUGCCUUGGGGGAAACUGCGGCUGCCCGCGCCCUUCGCCUCACGGCGGGGCUAUUCGACGAUGCCUGUGGAUGACACGAUAAACGGGCUGAGCGAGGAGCAAAAACAGCUUCGACACACCGUGUUCAAAUUCUUUCAGCAACAUUUAGCCCCCAAAGCUAAAGAAAUUGAUCAGACCAACGAGUUCAAGGACCUUCGGGAAUUCUGGAAGCAAUUGGGAAACCUAGGAGUAUUGGGCAUUACAGUCCCUGCUCAGUAUGGUGGCUCAGGCCUGGGCUAUCUGGACCAUGUGUUAGUAAUGGAGGAGAUGUCCCGAGCCUCUGCAGCUGUGGGGCUCAGUUAUGGAGCCCACUCCAAUCUCUGUAUCAAUCAGCUUGUACGAAAUGGAAAUGAAUCCCAGAAGGAGAAAUAUCUCCCUAAGCUCAUCAGUGGGGAACAUAUUGGAGCCUUGGCGAUGAGUGAGCCUAAUGCUGGUUCUGAUGUUGUGUCCAUGAAGCUGAAAGCCGAAAAGAAAGGAGAUUACUAUAUCCUGAAUGGCACAAAGUUUUGGAUCACCAACGGACCAGAUGCUGAUAUUCUUAUUGUCUACGCUAAGACAGAUGUAUCUGCUGUGCCGGUUUCUCGGGGCAUCACAGCCUUCAUUGUGGAGAAGGACAUGCCUGGAUUUAGCACAUCCCAGAAACUAGACAAGCUGGGAAUGAGGGGCUCUAAUACCUGUGAGCUGAUCUUUGAAAACUGCAAGGUCCCUGUCUCCAACAUUCUGGGUCACCUGAAUAAGGGUGUCUAUGUACUGAUGAGUGGACUGGACCUGGAGCGGUUGGUGCUGUCUGGUGGCCCCCUGGGGAUUAUGCAAGCUGUCCUGGAUCACACCAUCCCCUACCUGCAUGUGAGGGAAGCCUUUGGCCAAAAGAUCGGCCAUUUUCAACUGAUGCAGGGGAAAAUGGCAGACAUGUACACCCGCCUCACAACCAGUCGGCAAUAUAUCUAUAAUGUUGCCAAAGCUUGUGAUGAAGGGAGUCACACUCCCAAGGGUCCAACAGGGGCCCUCUCAGAGGUACAGAGUGAUGCCAUCCUCCCACAGGACUGUGCAGGUGUGAUCCUUUAUGCAGCAGAGUCAGCCACACAAGUGGCUCUGGACGGCAUCCAGUGCCUAGGUGGCAAUGGAUACAUUAAUGACUUCCCUAUGGGACGCUUUCUUCGAGACGCCAAGCUCUAUGAAAUUGGGGCUGGGACCAGUGAGAUUCGGAGGCUGGUCAUUGGCCGGGCUUUCAACGAGGCUUUCAAAUAGGGCCUAGAAGUCUGUGGCCCUCCCCGGCAGAGCAGCCAAAUGACCCUUCUGUGGAAGCUUUUCUGUGCCCCAGAGCAGCAGGAGGCCAGCCCUGCCACCUGUCUGCCUAGCCAGCUGGACUUCAACCCGGGGCAGAUUCACCAAGGAGCAUGAGACCGUGGCAGCAGGCCCACGCAGACCACCUCGACCCAGCUUUUGUGGCCAGCCUCUGCCAGAGUGUUUGCCCGGGCCUUGUGCCGGUGCUGCUGGCAGAGGGGAUCAGGCUUCCCUGGGGCGGACAUACUUCCCCUGCUGCCUGGGAGAAGGUCUCCUCUCCACUAGCAGAGGGGGCUCUCCUCUGUCUGUCUGAGGAGCAGCGUGUGAAUGUGCCAAUGGUUGCUUAGUUUUCUUGAUUUUCUUCUUUUUUAAAAAACUGCUGUUUCUCUCCUCAGUCCUUUUGCACCUUCUCACAAGCACCUUCAGGCACUCCAGCCAGAUUUUCUCUGGUGUCUCUCUGUAACCAGAAGUCAACAUGUUCUCUCUCUUAUUUAAUUAAAAGUAUAAGAUGACCUAAUGA